GUAUCCAGAAAACACCGGAAAGCCGCCGUGCUAUCGUUUAGAAACCAAUGAGGAUCUAAUGAAGGUGGAGCUUGCCAAGGAAAUCUCCACCUACUCUUGAAAUGCUCUAUUUCUCUCCUCUCCUGCAUGCGUGUCUCCCUUCGUAAAAGGAAGAACGAGAGGCAGAAUAAGAGACGAAGAGAGGGAUAAAGCGAGAGAAACACAAGAGGGAGGAAAGAACGAAGAGGAGAGACAAAUGAAGAGGCUGAGGAGGAUCCUCAAGUACGUUUUAACUCGGCCAAGUCAGUUGGCAUCUCGCCGCAUCAACUAAUGCGAUGGCUUCGUUUCACGGUUUUCGAAACGAUCUUCCGACAAAAUCGAUCGACUAGUUGUGAUUUACGCGCGUUUCGGAUGAUACCAACAUUUGAACUUGAACGGAGCCACUUGAUCGAAGAUGUUUCGACAAUAUAGUGCGUGAUCGAUGCAUGUAUAUAUAUAUAUAUAUAUGUACAUAUAUACAUGUAUAUUUGUAAUUUUAUUUCGCAUGCAAGACAAUCCUUUGAGGACAACGUCCCUGAAAAUAAAUCUUGUUAUAGAUAGAACGUUACAACUUUAAAACGAACUUCUUCGCGUAGAGUGCCUGUUACAGAGAGAGAGAGAGAUAUCUUCUUGGACGGUAUCGCCAUUUUGUACAAAUCACGUUUAUACCGAAGAUAUUUUGGAAACGAUAGAAAUAGAAUAGUCAUUGCAACCCGUGAGAAAAUCGUAAAACGUUCGAAACAAUUUGAUUGAUUUAUGAAACUGCAAAGAAGAUACAUACUCGUCGACAAAGAAUGACUAUGCUAUGUUAGCAUAAAGAAUCGAUUUAAAGUAGGUAAACGCCGAUCCUACGAGAGAAAAUUGACGUUCGCAUAAUACGAGAUAAUUGAGCCAAAUACGGUUCUUUUUUUAUCUUAUCUGUUUUACAUAUUUUUGAUUGACGUUCGAUACGGAAAAAGAAAGGGGCACGUACUUCUACCUAAAUUACCCCUUCUUGCGAGCCUUAUAAAAAGUGAAACGAAUUAUAACCUUGAUUCUAGUCGUGGAUAGCAUACUAGAUAAAAAUUCAACGCAAUAAAAUUCACAUUGACGUGUAAAAAUUGGUAUAAAAAUUGGUAAUGUUAAAAAAUCAUAUCAGAUUCUUCCAAUUGGAAUAUUAGUGACUAUUAAACAACUCAAAUUUAAGGUAUACAGAACAAUAUUAAAAAAUCAAACUUUAUAAUAUUUUUUAAAAAAAUAUACAUAUAAAAUGUUUUUCGAAUAAUUUCAAAUACGUUGAACGAAGCAGUGUCGAUCAACACGUGGCGUAAAGUUUGAAUUACUACGUCAUUUGUGCAGAAUGAAGAAAUGUCAUCUUACGAUUUAUUGAAUACCUCAAUGACUAUAUCGCGUAUAUUUACUUCUCAAAUAUCUCAAAGUGAUUAAGAAUAAUUACUUCAAGAGUAAGAAAUAUUUUUAUAUAUGAAAAACGAAAUUUCUAAAUCAUUUUUUCGAUUAAAACUUGUUCGUUGCCACUCUAUUAAAGAGAUUUAUUUUUUAAACGAAACAAUGUUGUGUGGAAAUUCGGAACAAGUAGAAAACAACAGCGUAAUAGUUUCACAGAUUACGAAUCCUCAUACGCCACAAGAUUUCACGGUCUCACGCUUAUUAUCAACGCCAACUAACUCCUUAGAAUGUAAUGAAACUUCUACGGCACCUGCAUGUAGAAGACCCAGGAGAAGUAGAACAACAUUCUCAGCAGAACAAUUAGCCGCUUUGGAAAGGGUGUUUGAAAGGACGCAUUAUCCAGACGCUUUUGUUCGAGAAGAACUUGCAACACGUGUCUCUUUAUCGGAAGCCAGAGUACAGGUAUGGUUUCAAAAUAGACGCGCCAAGUUUCGUCGGAAUGAAAGAAGUUCUGCUAUUAAUCGAGGUGUCUCCACUAGCAGAGAAGUAGAAACUACUUUACCUUUACGACCUAUCAGAAUAACGCAUACGCAGGAAAAUAAUUCGGAGAUUUUGCAAACCCCUCAAGUGACGCAAUACCCCUAUAGCGAGUAUUGGAGAUCGUCGCAGCAUUACACCUCUAUGCAAACAUCUACCUGCCAUGGAUUUAUAAAUGGUAAUUUAGGAAAUGUUAAUCUUCCUCCGUAUCAUCAGGCAGAAAUUCACGGAGGAUCCACGAUGAGCAAUUUAAAUGCAUUACGAUUCAGGACGCAUCCAUACGGAACUUCAUAUUCUCCCAUGCACGCAAGCAUGUAAUCUCUCUCU